GAGAGAGAAAUUCUGGACACUUUUCACUCUUUUUUUUGUUGUUGUUAAUCGGCUCAGUAAUGAGGAGAGGUACUGAACGGCACCAAAUAUCUGACCUCCAUUCUUGUGUGCAGGCCAGGGAGAGAGAGAGCAUGUGAAAAAGGGGUGGAGGGGAGUUGAGAUUUAGUGGCCUGCCGAAUGAACAACCCCCCACUCACUAACUCGCCGACGGAAGAAAAGAGAGGACUGCUCAUCAUCGCUCGCCUCUUCCGACAAUGAGAUGAAUGCAAGAGCGUUCUGACCGAGAAGAAAGAGUUCCAUCAGUGAAAACCCACAUAGAAGAGCGAAGAUAUAAAAGAACAAAAUGUCACGAACGGACGAAGUCAACAAGAUGACGGAAAAUGUCUAUAAGGGCAUUUUGGACCACUUUAACCCCAGUUUGAAAAAUUUUGUCACAAUGGGCAAACACUAUGAGAAAGCACUCACAGGAGUGACUGUAGCGGCAAAAGGCUACUUUGAUGCUCUGGUCAAGCUGGGAGAGCUGGCUAGCGACAGCCAAGGCUCCAAGGAGUUGGGAGACACAUUGUUUCAGAUGGCUGAAGUCCACAGACAGAUCCAGGUGCAGCUGGAAGAUGUGCUCAAGUUGUUUCAUUCCGAACUGCUGGCCCAGCUGGAGCAGAAGCUGGAACUGGACAUCAAAUACCUCACCGCCACGCUGAAGAAGUACCAGACCGAGCGUCGAACCAAAACCGACUCUAUCGAGCGUUGUCAGUCGCAGCUGAAGAAGCUACGGAGGAAGAGCUUGGGAAGCCGUCACCCUAAUAAAUAUGGUGACCGGGAGAUGCAGUUUGUGGAGUUGAUGAGCCGGCGCCAAGUGGAGCUGGACACGCUGGUCGCUACGGGUUACAGGUCGGCGCUCACCGAAGAGAGGAGGAGAUACUGCUUCCUGGUGGACCGGCAGUGUUGUGUGACCAAGCUGCUCAUCAACUACCAUUGCAAGGUGCGAGAGCUCCUUUCACAGAAACUGUCUUCAUGGCAGCAGUCUUGCACACAGCCGACCAAGCUCCCAGAACGUGCGCUCAACCUGCUCCGUCACACGGCACCGCAGACCUCCGGAGCCGCCGGAAUCGCCGAAGUCCUCCGACAUACCAAGCUAGGCUGCGCUCAGUCGGAGCAGGUCCGAUCGUAUUCGAAAAACUUGAGUUUUCAUUCGAGGAUUGCUGAAAUUGACUCCAAAUUACAGAGGCUGUCAGUUCAAGAAGUCCCGCCUCUGUUAAACGGCGACCGCUCCCAGCAACAACAGCGAGCGGUCACGUCCUCUCAGAACGAGGAAAAUCCUCAGAGCUCUCCCCAGACAUUUCGACAUGUAACCGCCGGCGAAUCCGGCGGCGCGUCCCCUCGGCAAAGGUGCUCCCCUCUCACCGUAUCGGCGGGAGGCGCCCCGGCGGACAGCAGUACCAGCGGAAGUGCCAGCCCGGGAGCGUCCACGCCCACCGGCGCCCAGUCGUCCUCUCUCCUCAUGGCGGCCAACACCAGCAACCUCUCGCCGAGCCUCAUCCCCUCCACAGUCAUGUCGCUUAGCCAGGUGUCCACGAGCGGCGGUUCUUCAGAGGGGGUCACCCUGGCCAUACCGCACAGUGCCCCCCACAGCCCCCCGCUUCCUCACAGCGCCCCGAUGUCUCGGGCCAUGACCCCUGUGCAGCUGCUGCACCAACAGGUGGGACCAGGGGGGAACAACACUCUACCCUCUGCUCACCCGUGGCUGAUGAAGUCUGCUGAAAUGUGCGCCACGGCUACUCUUCCGCUACCCAAGAGGCCCGGCAUUGAAAUGAGACUGGGUGGCUUUCAAGGCCCCAGAAUAGGUGCUCUAUCUGGGCCCACACGCGUGGAGGCCAUAUUCGCUCACUCGCCCGGCACUUCAGAAGUCGGAGGAGGCGGUGCUUCCUUGCUGACAUUCCUGCCCGCCGACAGCAUCACCCUGCUGAUUUCUGAGCCGAGAGACGGCUGGCACUACGGGCAGAAUGAUCGAACCGGACGGAAAGGCUGGUUCCCUUACUCCUAUACCCAGCCACAAUUUAGAACGGAUCACAUUGAGAGGAGAGUCAGCCUUGACCAAACGCCAAAAAGCUCUUUCUUCUUAUCCAAGGCCAACAGUACCAGCAUGAGCCAGCUGGACCAGCUGGUGUCCCCGGCUCUCACCCCUGAGUCAGAGGAGGACCGCUCCCUACCCCCGCAGAGGAUCAGCACUUUUCGACCACGCCCGUACAGCAUGGCCGACACCAACAAGAUCUGUGCACAGUUGGCCGCCUCGCCACCAUCUCCAACUAGGACCAACCCGUUUGCCCACGUUCGUCUCCGAAGAACGGUUACCAACGAUCGUUCGGCCCCCAUCAUCGAGUGAGACCUCCUCUGUUUAGCUUGGAUAAUUGCAUGUAGGCGGAACUGAUCUGUGAUUUAGAAAAUACAUCAAAAUUAUUCUGUAGACAACAAGUGGAUCGGAACCAGGUAAAAAGGAUUGGGUUUUCAAAAUGUAUUUAUUUUUAAGACUUAACUCAUUGGCUGCCAUUGAUGGCGAUAGACGUCCAAUUCAUUUUGACUGGGAGGGCAGCCAACACCGCAGUCAAAUUGGAUUGGACAUCCAUCGCCGUCAAUGGUAGUGAAACAUGAUGACUCGAAACUGAAAUGGAUUUGAUGUCUAGAAAUGUCAGUGGCAGUGAAUGAGUUCAGAGUUACAAUCAAAAAAAUAAUCCAGAAGAGAGGCACUGUUUAGGUGAAUAACUCCAUCUAGUGUUAAAGAUGAGCAGUGCAACAUAAUGUAGGCUGAACUCAAGCUUCUUGUGCGGGCCAUAUUCAGUGAUAUUUUCAUCAUUUACCGUAGUUUGGACACCCUUCCUCUAGAGGAAACAAAUGCUGCGUUCGAGGAAGGUGGGAAGUCGGACUUAUCCCACUCUUUGUGGUCAUAGUUGCGAUCUCAAAGUUUUACAAGCGAAUGUAAACAACAAACAUGGCUGAUCACGACAAGUUGUUUUAUAUUUCGGACAUUAAAACACAUUUUGACCUCCAGAAAACCUGCCUUCUUGUAAGUGAAGGCUAGGCAAAUUCAACUCAAGGCAAUUCAAGGUGCUUUACACCACAUGAAGAUCCACGAGGAGAGCUAAAAUGACUUGUAAAAAUCACAUUAAAUCAAAAGAAAGUUAAAGCAAAGACGACUGAAACCGGAAAUAAAUUGUAUGUAAAAAUCACUUGAAAUCACGAAUAGAAUUUUUAAAAAUUAGGGCUGUCAAAAUUAUCGCGUUAACGGGCAGUAGUUAAUUUUUAAAUUAAUCACCUUAAAAUAUUUGACGCAUUUAACGCACAUGCCCUGCUUAAACAGAUUAAAAUGACAGCAGUGUCAUGUGCACUUGUUACUUGUGUUUUUUGGGUGUUUUUGUCGCCCUCUGCUGGCGCUUGGGUUCGACUGAUUUUAUGGGUUUAAGCACCAUGAGCAUUGUGUACCGUAAUUAUUGACAUCAACAAUGGCGAGCUACGAGUUUCUUUUUUGAUUGAAAAUUUGACAAAUUUUAUUAAAACGAAAACAUUAAGAGGGGUUUUAAUGUAAAAUUUCUAUAACUUGUGCUAACAUUUAUCUUUUAAGAACUACAAGUCUUUCUAUCCAUGGAUCGCUUUAACAGAAUGUUAAUAAUGUUAAUGCCAUCUUGUUGAUUUAUUGUUAUAAUAAACAAAUACAGUACAUAUGUGUUGAAUGUAUAUAUCCGUCUUGUGGCCUAUCUUUCCAUUCCAACAAUAAUUUACAGAAAAAUAUGGCAUAUUUUAUAGAUGGUUUGAAUUGCGAUUAAUUACGAUUAAUUAAUUUUUAAGCUGUGAUUAACUCGAUUAAAAAUUUUAAUCAUUUGACAGCCCUAAAAAAUAUAAUACUUGAAAUCAGAAAUGAAAUUAAAGCAGAAAAGGAAUAAAAAGUAAACAGCUUUAAGUUUGAAAUUUGUAGACAAUUAUGAAUAUGCUAUGAUAAAUAAAAGUGUUUUUAGCCCUGAUUUAAAGGAGCUAACAGAUUUAGCACACUUUAGACCUUCAGGUAAUUUGUUCCAGAGGAGAGGAGCACUACACAAUAACUAAAUGCUGCCUAACAACUGCUUGGUUCUCGUCCUUGGAACAUACAGGAGACAGGUUCCAGACGACCUUAGGGGUCUCGAUGUUUUAUAUGGAUCCAACAAAUCAAGCAUGUAUUUUGGUCCAAGGCCAUUAAGUGUUUUGUUGACGAGCAGUUGUAUUUUAUAGUCUGUCCUUUGACUCACUGGAAGCCAGUGUAAUGAUUUCAAAACCGAUGUAAUGUGGACUUAGGGUUGGGCAUCGUUUGAAAUUGAACGAUUCCGGUUCCGAACGAUUCUUGAUUCCAAUUCUUUUAAGAGGCAGGGUAAAAAAAAAAUGCAGGGUUGAAAAAUUUUUCUUUUCUAUGCUUUUUUAAAUAAAGAAAAUGAACUUCUCACGGGGCUAAUUUUAACUUUAAAUAUAAUAAUAUAUAAAAAUUAGGGCUGUCAAAUUUAUCGCAUUAACGGGCUAUAAUUAAUUUUUUAAAUUAAUCACGUUAAAAUAUUUAACGCAUUUAACGCAUGCGCAGAACGACCCACUCGCGCAUUGUCGCAAACAGACUACAAUGGCGCUGUUUUACGUAUAUACAGAGCUAAGAGGCAGCGUCAAGUGAGUGGAGUAGAUACAAGCUCUCAUUAGGGCCAUACUUUUACUAGGCAAAAGCUUUGACAGCUCGGUUGGUUCUGACUGAUGGUUUCCGAUUGAGACAAAGAAAUCCCUAUCAUGUAAAUAAGAUGUGAACCAGUAAAAAACAGUUUCAGUGAGCCCUAACCACUUUUCCAAUCUGCUGAGUAGUAUGUUGCGAUCAACUGUGUCAUAUUCCGACGAAUAUCAUUUAGGACUUUGAUCAGCAUGGUGGAGAAAAAAAGUGGAGAUAAAAAUGACGGUUGAGAUUAAUAGCACACACUGUAACUGCCUGCUUCAGUUACAUCUAAGGGUGUAACGGUACAUGUAUUUGUAUUGAACCAUUUCGGUACGUGGUGCUCGGUUCGGAACGGAGGCGUACCGAACGAGUUUCUGACGUAAUGUAACCCUUACUUUUCGAGGCUGUGAGUCGAUCGGGUUAUAGUUUCUUUGUGUAGAUUAUAUUUACUCCAUCUUCUCUACUAUAAUGAGGACCAACACAGUAGGACAGUAUAACCCAGAAACGUCAACGGCGCGACAUCGUGGCAACCGCGAGAGCGCAGUAAAACGCGGGCGUUAAAGUCAAUCAGCCAAUGCACACCAGUCGCAGUGCGGCCGCGUGUUAGACGCGUCCCAGAAGCGGCUCAAUGCGACGCACGCGAGAAGAACGGCAGAGUUUAUUAUUUGACGCGAGACGCAACCCUCCUGCGUCAGUACUACUACCGAUAGCUAGGAUGGGCAGACCGGAAGUCACUCCUGUAAAAAUACGGUGGAACCGAUCGAUUUUCAAACUAAUAUGCAAUCGUUACCCACUUUUUGAGUCCCAUCAGAUCUCUUGAGUGGUAGAUCGGGGCACAGUUGACUUGCCUUUGUUGAUUUACUGCUGUCUACUCUGCUAUAAUAAUAACCAACACCGUGUUCAAUACAAAACCCUCCUACCACAACAAAAGUAGGAAUUAAUAUUCACAUAGGAACUAAAGUUAUACAACAUAAAAUCUACAAUAUAAAUGAAUACUACAUCACAUUUGUAAAAUAUAAACACAUAAUAAAAUAAAUAAUAGCCCAUUUAAAUAAAUUGAAAUGAGCUAAAACACCUGUAAUUAAAUAAUAAGUAUAAUAAACAGAUCCUGCUUACACAAUUAAAUUGAUGAAUUUCUGUGUGGCGCUUUAACUUGAGAAAAUCCACCAAUAAAGCUUUUGAAAACCGUUCAUAAGAGAAAAAAAAUGAUUCAUUGAGGCAUUUCAUUUGUAAAAUAUAUGUAAAAUCUCUGUAAUUGGGAUUGCUUUUAUCUUUAGCACUUUUUUCUUCUUUCAGAAAAAAAGCUGACCAAUACGCGGGGUCUGAAAGGCAAAUUGUUGUUGGAUUAUCUUUAAAUACCCGCUACUUUUUGAGCAGAAUUGUAGCUUUGUAUAGGCUAAUGUUCCUCUUGUUGAAAGCACAAGUAAUAAACAACUAGCACAUUUAUAUUUUGCAUUGUUUUCUUACUGUACCGAAAAUGAACCGAACCGUGACCUCAAAACUGACGUACGUACCGAACUGAGAUUUUUGUGUACUGUUACACCGUUUUCCGAAAUUUCCAGGUUCGCGGUGAAUUAGUAACAGGCACACUUUUGCUCAAUAGACGAUGUUUAUUGAUUAGAAAAUGCAGAAUAAAUGAGAUUUAUUGAUUACAAUCCCACAAGAGCAAGCAAACAAGUAUCAACAAAUGUCAACGAUGACACUAGACUUGAGCUUGUCAACCCCAGAAUCCCUGCGUUACCGUUACAGCAAAACAAAAUGUCCCUUUAGCAAUGAAAAUCGCUUACCGUGGCAAGUGAGUGGGAAGCCAGCAACACUCCAGUAAAGCGGCAAAGGGACAAAGCCAGGCGAUCCGUACGUGACCCGCUGGCGGACCUCACGGGUCACGCGGAAAUGUCCGGUUUUGUAAGGACGCACCCCUCGGAGGCGGAGAGGCCAACUUCCGAUCACAAACAUUUAAGCUACUUUUGGUUCAGCCACCUUGAAAAAGGGCUUUUCACAGGGGACAAAUGAGCUGUGCUGCAACAGAUGCCAACAAAUGGUAAAUAUUAUGGGUGCAAAACAAGUUAUCUCUAUGGGACCCAGGCGUGUAGUAAAACAAUACUAUGGUGCAAAACAAGUUAUCUCGUGAGAUUCUCAAGCGCGUCUCCUAACUAUGGGAACAAGGUGAAGAACAAUAGAAGUUGUUAGAAUCUAUAUCACAGAAGCAAUCAUACAUCACAAAAGCAUAAUGUAAUAUUUUCCCCCAUCACACCCCUAGUACAUCCUUGCUGAAAGUCAAUAUGAAAAAUAUGUAUGAAUUCAUUAAGCUAAUUCAGUGUAUGAGGGAAAAAUACAAGGAUUGUCUAAGAAACUUAAUUUAACUUGUGUUAUCAAUACAUUGAUUUAAGCGCCAUUUUGUCGAGUGACGUCAGAUUGAAGCAACUCGUGAAGUUGCACCCCCCCCCCCCCCCCCCGACUUCGCGACUAGGAUCGCCCAGUUCGUUCCUCGAAUGCAGCAUAAUAUUAAGAAAAUUUGGCUUUUUUUGUUUGUUUUUUGCUGUACGUAUAUGAUCCAUCUGCUGUAAUCAACAUUUUAGACUAGUGAUCUUGAAUUUUUGGUUUUCUUGCCUCAAAAGAAAAAGUGCUUAUAACUCAGUGAUUUUAAUGCAGGACUGGCUCCUAUGUUACAUCUUGAUAUAUAUUUGAGUAUUGUGCCAAGUACUGUAAUUGUUACCUUAGCUUCUAUAGUUUUAAUGUACUGCUUUUAGGUGUAGUUUUGUGUAAAUUUUAUGAUUUGACACAAGUUUUCGAGUGUGCAAGUGAAGGUUAGGACACGUUUAGGCCAGUAGUCAACAAUGUGCUGCUGUUUCGAUGUUACAAAUCACCCGUGUUGAUGUAGAUUGAAAAGAAAAUGACAUUUUUGUUUAAAAAAUAUCUUCCAAAAAAAAGCUGAUUUUUAUGAUUUUUUGUGAGGUAAACUUGACAUGUAAUUAAUCUGUGAAUUGUAGGUCACUGAUGAUUUUUUCCCAUGAGUUAAAAAAACACAAAUGAGGACUGUAACGUUUAAACGUUGACAUCUGGACUGCGGGGGUGGUUUUAUUUUGAAAGGUUGUUUUUCUUAAAUGAAAAAGAAAGUUGCAGACAGGAAGUUUGAAGAGGUUUAUUUUCAUUUAUGGAUGCUUUUGAUCCUUUUUCAGUCCCCAGUAUAAUCAUCACGAGGGUAGGACAGAUGAAAAAUGUGUAUAUUGUAUGGAUAAAAGUUUAUCGGGAAGUGCCUGAGAAGGUUUACGGGAAAGUUGAGGAAAGCCAAGCGUGUGAUGACUUGCCUUUUAGUAGCCAAAAUGGGAGGAAAUUUUGUGUUUGUAAAGUUUAGGCUAAUGUGAUUUUUUUUGUAGUCCCUUAAGGGAUGAUGAAAAAUAAUGAAGCAAAAUUUUUCGCAUUGUGAGCUAACGUGUUUUCACUUUGGUAGUUGGAUUUCUGUAUCUUGUAGAUAGUGAUUUAACUAAUUGGCUGCCAUUGACGGCGCGAGACGCCCAUUCCAUUUCGACUGGGAGGGGUGUUUACAAUGGAUUACUAAGGAACUAUACUAAUACUUAAAAAUUAAUCCAUUUCCACUGGGAAGACUGACAGAAAUAGACAUUAUUACUAUGUUAUUACAAUGUAAUUACUAUGGAACCUCACCCCUCCCAGCCAAAAUGGAUUGGAUGUCUCGUGACGUCAAUGGCACUGAAAGAUGAGCAUUCAUAGCUAAUCGUGACAGUUUGAAUGAACUGGAUGUCUGUUGCGGUCUAUGGCAGGCAAUGUUAGAAGCUAAUAAAUUCUCAUAAAAUCUAUUUUAGUGUUGAUGGGGUUCAUGAGCGGAGUUUUUUUUUUUUAAAUUCAUUUUGAUAUUUUAUUUUCAAAUUAAGAUGUUAUAAAUUUGUUUAUAAAUAAUAUAAAAAAUACCAUACUUGUUCAUUUAAAAGGUAUGAUCAUUGAUCAUAUACAAUAUAUAUAUAUAUAUUUUUUAAAAUCCCACCUACUUUUCCUAAUGUAUUUUUUUCAUGGGAUGACACGUACUGUUCCAUGAUGAAAAUGCAAGCAACAUGUUCUAAAGAUAUUGUAAAACUCUACUACCAAAGUGAAAUGUAUUCACACUAGCUAUGUGAAAUUUAUACUGUAAAAAAAACAUUGUUUCCUAACAUGAUAAAAACUGACAUUGUGUGAAAUAAAACAAAGUCUGUGACGAAAACGUCUUCUGUGUUCAUUCAAGGUGUAGCUCUGUUAAUAAAUAGAUACAGUAAUGUGAAAAAAAUUAGGGCACCCUGUGUGUUUUCCA